ACGUUGAAUCGAUUCCACCUCUUUUGCUCAUCUAAAAAAUUAUCUUUCAAUCAAAACUAUAAUUAAAAAAAAAAUCAUUUCUUUUAUUCUGCAUUUUGCUUCUUCUGUUUUCGACUUGUGCUCUGCUGUGAAUUCCACCAAAUCCCAUAAUAAAGUUUUCUCCUUUCUCUUUAGGGAAGAAGAAAGCUUUAUCAAAACCCUUCAUCCACAAAAUCCUCUUCUUUGAGAAAGGGUUCUGUUUUUUUUGUUGCUUCGUUACUACGGUUACAUUGUUCUCUUUCAGUUUCAAAAAGGGUUCUUGGUUCGAUUUUGCACAGAUCCGUCUUAGCUCUUUGUAGAGAAAUGGCGGAUUUGAUACCGUUUUAUCUGAACAUUGUGGCGUUUCUAUGUACUGUUGGAGCCAUUGCUUUGGCGAUAUUUCAUAUCUACAGGCAUCUUUUGAAUUACACGGAACCAACUUAUCAGAGAUAUAUCGUACGAAUCAUCUUUAUGGUCCCGGUUUAUGCCUUCAUGUCAUUCUUGUCUCUUGUGCUACCUAAAAGCUCGAUAUAUUUUGAUUCCAUACGAGAAGUAUAUGAAGCAUGGGUUAUUUACAAUUUCCUAUCGCUGUGUUUGGCAUGGGUUGGAGGCCCAGGAUCAGUAGUGCUUAGUUUAAGUGGUCGCUCUCUAAAGCCAUCGUGGUCUCUCAUGACAUGUUGCUUUCCACCUUUAACUUUGGACGGGCGUUUUAUUCGACGAUGCAAGCAAGGUUGUCUGCAGUUUGUUAUUCUAAAGCCUAUCUUAGUUGCUGUCACACUUGUGCUUUAUGCGAAAGGGAAGUACAAGGAUGGGAAUUUCAACCCUGAUCAAGCAUAUCUCUAUCUUACCAUCAUCUAUACCAUAUCCUACACAGUGGCUUUGUACGCACUUGUGCUGUUUUAUAUGGCAUGCAGAGAUCUACUUCAGCCAUUCAAUCCAGUCCCAAAAUUUGUGAUCAUAAAGUCUGUGGUCUUUCUAACCUAUUGGCAGGGUGUUCUAGUUUUUCUUGCUGCAAAAUCUGGAUUCAUAAAGACUGCAGAGGAGGCUGCUCAUUUUCAGAAUUUUAUAAUAUGUGUCGAGAUGCUUAUUGCUGCAGCAUGCCAUUUCUAUGCUUUUCCAUACAAGGAGUAUGCCGGUGCCAAUGUUGGUGGAUCUGGCAGUUUUUCAGGGAGCCUAUCACAUGCUGUAAAACUAAAUGACUUUUACCAUGACACUGUUCACCAGUUUGCUCCUACAUAUCAUGAUUAUGUGCUCUAUAACCAUCAAGAUGGUGGUGAUGAAGGGACAAAGAAGUACCGGUCGAGAACUUUUGUUCCAACUGGCCAAGAGAUGGAUGCAAUGAGAAAGAACAAACCUGUGUAUGCAAACAAGAUUGAUGGUGUUUCGGUGUCAAGUAGUCUAUCUUCAGAGGCAAGCUCACCAAAAAGCUCUAGCGUAACUUCUGAUCCUGCUCGUUCUGAUGCUGCGAAAUCUUCCUUGCUUGUGGAUGCCCCUGAUUCUCUUGAUACAAUGUAUGAUAUGUCCCUCAUUGACAUCGAUCUAUCUAGUUUCCCGAGCAAUGUCCCCUCUGCAAGUGAAAGUGGGCCUAGAUAGGGGCAGACAAGAAAGAUGUAGAAAGAAACCAUUAACAAGGUACAAAACAUGCUCCUAAUAGUUGGAUUCAGAUGAAUAUGUCUCAGGUGUGUUCUUAGUUGAAAGAUGUUGUUAGUAGGAGACUUGGAAGAUAAAUGAAAAAGCUUCUAAAGCCCGUUUGCCUUCAUAGCUUUACAAGUCUUCUACUAGCAGUUUCUAUUGCAGCCUGUUUUUCGUUCCUGCCUACUUUGUAGAUACAAUAGGGUUUGAUAUGGAUAUAAAAAUUGUCAGUUGAUUACUUCUCAAGCUUGUGAAUCGCUCGUAGUGGAUUAGGAACAUUCUUUUUUUUUAUACAUGUAACAUGAUGAGUUUCGGAAACAAAGCCCUUCAAACUCAUAAAAGGCUAAGGCUAAGGGUCAAAUGGUGAUCCUGUUUGCCCAUUA